UUAGACUUACAAACAACAACAUCUCUUUCUAUCUCCAGAUAUACCUAUCCACAUAUAACCUUCUUAAUGGUCCUUUGUCCCAUCCCCAUCUUCUUCGAAGUACAUCAAUGGAGAAGAAAGCAAAUCUAGCAGCCAUGGAUGUAAUUCCUCCCGAAUUCAGAUGCCCCAUUUCAAUGGAGCCGAUGAGAGAUCCAGUGACCAUCUCAACUGGAGUCACCUAUGAGCGCAAGAGCAUCGAGAAAUGGUUCUUCACCUACAAGAACAUCACUUGUCCAGCCACAAUGCAAAGAGUCAAAAACUUCGAUAUCACUCCAAACCAUACCCUAAAAAGGCUCAUCCUUUCAUGGCAAAAUGGCCUUUCUCAGUCUUCUUCUUCUUCAUCACCAUCAUCAGUGAAGUAUGAUGAAUUGAUAUCUCUUAUUAACACGAUCGAAUCUACGCCGUUCACGGUGAGUUCCCUGAAGAAACUCAGAUCCAUUGUUGAAAUGGGUGAUGACACAAAAGCUGAGACUAAGCUUUUUGGAGGAGUGGAAAUGCUUGUUAGAAUAUUUGUUCAGAUUCUGGAUCAUGAAAGCUUGGAUUUUCUCACGUUUAGAGCUUGUGAAGAGGCUUUAGGCAUCCUCCAUGAACUUUCAGAAUCAUCUGAUCAAGAAGAUAUCGAUAAAACAUUAAUCCAGUUGUCAAAGCCUGCGACAGUGGAAUCCAUGUCCAUCAUGCUCCAUAGGGGAAGCGCCGAAGCGCGAUUCUGUGCCAUUUCUAUGCUAAGACAGAUGGCGAAAAGAGGUCAUAUCAAUUGGAACUUUGUCAUGCAAGCUCAAGGAACGGAUAAUUUCUUCAAGUCCAUGCUGGAGAUUGUUUCGGAUGGAAUCUGCAGCCAGGCCGGUUCAUGUGCUCUGGAGAUUCUGAGAGAAGUCACGAGUUUGUCGAAGAAAAGCCGGGUUAAGGCCAUUGAGGCCGGGGCAGUCUGUGUUCUAAUCGAACUUCUUCCAGACGCAAACCGAUCAAAAUGUGAGAAAACACUGCAUCUGAUCAGACUACUCUGCGAGUGUGCUGAUGGUAGAUCAGCCUUUCUAGAACACGGGCUUGGGAUCGCUGCGAUAACGCAGAAAAUGAUGAGUGUUUCAGAUGUUUCAACAAGCAUUGCAGUGAAGAUCCUGUGGCUGGUGUGUCGUUUUCAUCCCACAGAGAGGGUUGUGGAGGAAAUGCUCAUCUUUGGGGCAGUGAAGAAGCUGGUGGGAUUGUUAGAUAUGGAUUUUGGAAGAUGGUCAUCUAAGGAGAAGGUGGCGAACAUCUUGAAGUUGCAUGGAAAUUCAUGGAGGAAUUAUCCCUGUUCUCCUUCUGGAUUGAUGGAUUAUGUGGGUAAUUAAUUAAUUUAGUGAAUUGUUCUUUAGUCCUAACUGUGGAUAAGGAAAACCAAAACACAAGAGAUCGAAGAGAAUAAAGAAAGAAGUACUAGCAUAUAUAGAAGUUGCGUAUACAUAGCGAAUUUCAGAAAGAAAAUAGAAUUAUAGAGAUUAAGCUAGUUAGUUGUGGUGAUGUUUGAUGCUAUUCCUUCACCUUGUUUCUUGAUUAAGUCUUUGUUGAUUUGGUGUGGGAUUCUAGUUUUUGCCACCAUAAUUAAUAUUCCUUUGAUUUC